UCGAGCUUCCGCCGCGGCUCCGGUGUCCGACGCCGCUUUAGGGCUCAGAAGAUGGACUCCCGCGGGCUGCCAGUCGCUCGGGCCGCGCGUGGAGGCCCACACGGAGGCCUCGGCCCCGGCCCCGGCCCCGCCUGGUUUCGCCGGCUCAGCCCGGGCCCCACUCGCCGCCGGCUGCUACUGCUGUGCGGCUCCGAAGAUGGCGGACCCGGGCCACGGCGCGAGCAGGCCCCGGCGGGCCCGGAGCUGAGCUCGCCGGCUACGGAGGACGCCUCCCGCGACGGCUCCUUCGUGGUGCUGCUGGAGGUGGCGCGCGGCGCCGCCGAGGGCCCCGGGCGGGCGCGGGCCGGGCGCGUCGUGGGUCCUGCGGGCCGCCCCGGGCAGGGCCCCAGCGGCCCGGCCGCCGGCCCCGCUGCGGCCUUGGCGGGCGCCGUCACCGUCGCCGGCCAGGACCUGCUGGUGCGCCUCGACAACGGCGUCUUCACGCUGGCCUCGCCGCCGCCGCCCGGGAGCCCGCCAGCGCCGCCCGGCGCCCUGCUCCUGGGCGAAUCGGCCGCCCCCGCCCCGGCGCCGAGCCAGGACGCCGCGAGCGCCGCCGAGGGCCGCCGCGGGAGCGCGGGCGCGCCGGGCUACCGCUGCCCGGAGCCGCAGUGCGCGCAGGUCUUUGCCAGGAAGCAUCAGCUCAAGGUACACCUGCUGACCCACGGAGGCAGCCAGGGCCGACGACCCUUCAAGUGCCCGCUGGACGGCUGCGGCUGGGCUUUCACCACCUCCUACAAGCUCAAGCGACACCUGCAGUCGCACGACAAGCUGCGGCCCUUCGGCUGCCCUGUGGGUGCCUGCGGCAAGAAGUUCACCACCAUCUACAACCUCAAGGCGCACAUGAAGGGCCACGAACAAGAGAACUUGUUCAAGUGCGAGGUGUGCGCCGAGCGCUUCCCCACGCACGCCAAGCUCAGCUCCCACCAGCGCAGCCACUUUGAGCCCGAGAGACCCUACAAGUGUGAUUUUCCCGGCUGCGAGAAGACAUUUAUCACGGUGAGCGCUCUCUUCUCCCACAAUCGAGCCCAUUUCAGGGAACAAGAGCUGUUUUCUUGCUCCUUUCCGGGAUGCAGCAAACAGUAUGACAAAGCCUGCCGGCUGAAAAUACACCUGAGAAGUCAUACAGGUGAAAGACCUUUUGUUUGUGACUCUGAUAGUUGUGGUUGGACCUUCACCAGCAUGUCUAAACUCCUAAGGCACAAAAGGAAACAUGAUGAUGACCGGAGGUUUACCUGCCCUGUGGAAGGCUGUGGGAAAUCAUUCACAAGAGCAGAACAUUUGAAAGGCCACAGCAUAACCCACCUAGGCACAAAGCCAUUUGAGUGUCCUGUGGAAGGGUGCUGUGCUCGAUUCUCUGCGCGCAGUAGUCUGUACAUUCACUCUAAGAAGCACCUCCAGGAUGUGGACACUUCGAAAAGUCGCUGCCCGGUCUCCAGCUGUAAUCGACAGUUCACAUCCAAACACAGCAUGAAGACUCACGUGGUCAAACAGCACAACCUGCGUCAAGAUCUCUUGUCUCAGCUAGAAGCUGCAAGUUCUCUUACACCUAGCAGUGAACUUACCAGCCCAGGACAAAGGGAGCUCAAUAAUAUAGACCUUGUGUCUCUCUUCUCUAAUGCAUCUAGUGAUAAUAAUAGUUCAGCAGUUACAUCGGACAUGGCAUUGGUGAACUCUGGAAUCUUGACUGUUGAUGUUACUUCUGUGAACUCAUCUCUGGGGGGGAACCUUCCUGUUAACAGCAGUUCCUUGGGACAGAUGGACCCACUGGUCCUGGUGGCCAACAGUGACAUUCCUUCCAGUCUGGAUAGCCCUCUCAUGCUUGGGUCAACAGCCACUGUUCUUCAGCAGAGCAACCUAAAUCCAGAUGUUGUGCAACCUGUAAGAGCAGAAGCGUUAGGUUCUGUGGUGUCUCUGCCUGUGAAGAACUUGAGUCAAGACCUACAGGCUUUGAGCUCCAGCAACAAUUCAGCAUUGAACAAAUCCACACCAACCCCUUCAAACAGCCCCAAUGGAAACAGCCACGUCCCAGAACUGCGGGCUCCAAUCAAAGUGGAACAGAACUCACCUCCUGGCCCAGAAGUUGGGCUGCAGGAAAGAGGCAGAGUGCUCUCCAACCCAGCAGAAAACUGCAGUGCUCAGAAAGACACAGACCUCAGUGCAGUGCCUGGAAACUUGUAUCUGGAAAGUGGGGGCUCAGCAAGAACUGAUUACCGAGCCAUUCAACUAGCCAAGAAAAAAAAGCAGAGAGGAGCUGGGAACACUGCAGGAUCCUCAGGGCCUGCUCAAAGAAAAAUAAAAGGUGACAAAAUCAGUCCUCACCUCCACGCAAACCAGAGCAGUUGGCGGUGUGGGGAUGUUGUAGUGCCACGCAGAGGCCUGAUGGGACCAGAGCCAGCGGCCGGGGUGCGGUGUGUUCAGGUCCAGCUACUGCAGGAUGAUCCCUCAGGUGAAGGAGUCUUGCCAUUCACACUCAGCUUGCAGCCCCCCCUGCUCCGUCCCCUGCUCACCGUGGACUUGCCCGUCUACGUCCUCCAGGAGGUGUUCCCAGCUUCGGAGGAUGCCGCUAGCCCUGAGGCUGCACAGUUUGCCAGAAGCACCAUCAACCUCCAGGACUUACAGUGAGAACACUGGCUGCGGGAGCCCCUGAAGACUCAAUUAGAUGGUCCUGCUGGCGUGGCUAGGACUCCCACUCAGCUUCUGCUCCAGAGUCUGGCCUAAUUCUUCAGAAAACUUUUUGGUACAUUUAUGGAAAGCGUUUUUCUUACAUUUUAUCAGGAAUCAGUCAGGGGCUAUGCUGUUUGAAUGUGCCCUGUACAGAUGCAGUGCUUUGGGAUGUUGGGCUCACGUCCAGAGAGGCUCGUGUUGGGUCCUCACCAGCCACCCACGCACAACAUCCUUUCUUUCCUGCAUGGCCUGGGCUGUACAGCCCUUGUUGCAUCAGAAAGAAAAGGGAAAAGACGUCUGUAGGAAUAGGUAGAGUUCAGGUCUUCCAGUCGAAUAUAGCUUUCUCUGUAGUAAACCAGAUGAGGUCUGUUAGCUUCAGUGUUUUAGUGUUUUGCCCGAGAGGUACCUAGAAAGACCAUUUUCCCUGAGAGCUCAUGUAACAGGCCACCCCCCAGUCACGGGGACGGUGUUUGUGGUCAGGCAGAUUUUGCCAUGUUGUCAGGUGGAAGUGGCCACGUCAACAGGGAAGCUAAAUUGUAGUCCACAUUCUUGGUGUGAAAGCAGACCAGGCAGGGCCAGGCAGGUGCAGGACCAGCAUGCAGCCCAUUUGGGAGGUAGUUGUGGUGAGUGCAGCUGGCUGUCAUUGGACCUGAGUGAGCCCUCUUCAUAGGCCCCGUCUAUUGUUCAUAGUUUGGGUGCAGUAGAGUUAACACUUUUAAAAUAAUCUUUCUAAAUUCUGUUGUUGGGUAUUAAUGUUUAAUGAUAAUUUGACAGUGGUUUAUACAGUGAUGUUCUGAAUACUAUAAAUUAUGUAUAGGACUGUAAUGAUGUACGUGUAUGUUUUUAUUGUUGAGGUUGAAGAUGUGCAUAUACUACGUCAAGGUAUAUUUUUACAGAGUAAGGUCUGUCUUGAAAAAGACAAGUUGAUAAUCUUGCACAUAUUUAUUUGUUAAUUCCAGCUGAUGGGAUGGACACAGGGUCAUUCAGAAAUGCUUUUAUGCCUUGUGCCUUUCGAAGUGGCUGAUUGUUCAACAGAUGCCGUUUUGGUUCUCAGACUGGAGUCAUCCAGACUCUUCCAGUUCUGUUUGUUUCUUGAAUUUGGGGCUUUGGCUUUUUGGAAUGACUCCAGCAUUCUCUGUGAUUCCUCUCUGUCUUGCAGAGGUGCAUCUGCCCAGGCUGCCUCUGCCUGCAAGAAUUAAAACGCCAUUUGUAAAUGGUUCUUUUCCACAGACAUCUGUGCUGCAUCACAGACUGAAGUUCAGGGCUUGAAUGUGCCUACCUGGUCCUUGCCCCAGACCUCCUAAGGCUGACAGAUAGUGACCCCCUCUCUCUGGGGAGACAGGCACCCCCUGCUGGCGUGGUUGUGGGCCCUGUGCGGCCUGAUGGGCCCCCUCACACCUCCCCUCCCGAAGGGAGGAGGGUCUGGGCCACAGGAGUGCUUCCUCUCAGAGGUGUUGUUUGGAUCUCUUUCCUGCCCAUGCCUUGGGGAACACACACCACAAAUGAUUGGGGUGGGCUGUUAGCCUCUUGUGGGCACUGAGGUUCACUACUGGCAAUGGGCCCAACUCCCAGUGCAAAUGAAUAAAAGUUUUUGUAUAGUCACACACCAAA